AUGAGCCUUUCAUUCCUCUUGCUACUGACGCCCUCGAUCAUGAGUUCAAAAGUUCGUGUAGUAUCAGCCGAGUGCACCGAGCGUUUGAGGCUACUAGAAGAACAGGCCUUACUUAAAUACGAAGAAGUCGUUCAGCUCUGUGGAGCAGUUCAACGGAUGCGUUCACAAUGUGAAUUAGAAGCUAAUACGGAACGCUUAAAAUGUGAUUUUCACGACGCGACGGUCUCGGUGCAUCGACUUAGAACGGAGAUUUUCGCUUUGCUUGGCUGUGCCACAGCCGAUGACCGAUUCGAGAAGGCAAUCACAACGAACAAAUCUUUAUCGUCCCCGCCAGCCUCAGAUUUGACUAUGUUGCUGAUCGAACAAUCUCUGAAACUUGACGAGUUAGCAGGGAAUUUGCACCCUGGUGUUGUCGAAGAACGUCUCCGAAAACAGUGCAAUCAAUUGUGUAAUUUGGCGUGCACACUAAACACUACUGUCUCGAAGGGAAGCAAACGUUGGAACAAAUACAUUGACAGAGCUAAGCUUAUUCAAAACAACUAUUGCAUUCCGAAGGUUAUUGCUAAGAAAACUGCGGCUCCUAAGUCUCUGAUGAGAGAAAUUAUAGACCACACAACAAAGGUGCAGAUGAAAGUCCCUGCGAGAACUGUGGCGUCGACAGCAGCUUGUAAGAUAACCAUACCCUGUCUCAUUGGCCUCACCCGCGGUAUAGCGUUGGACAAAAGCAUACGUCGCAAUGCUUGGAACCACGAAACCAACAGCAACGGAAUGGGGCUGACUAUGGAACAUUACUGA